AUGAGUUGAAGUGAAGUUUGUGAAAUUCCAAAACCAUGGCACCGUUGUUGGCACUGCAAGAAGACCUGAAGGAGCUGAGAGAAACCUUCCGUAGUGGAGCGACACGGACUGUGGCGUGGAGGAAGGCACAACUGCGAUCUCUCGUCAAGCUCCUUAGAGAGCAGGAAGAUCAAAUCUUUGCAGUCCUCCAUGAAGAUCUCGGAAAGCAUCGGGUCGAAGCAUAUCGAGAUGAGGUUGGAAUCGUACUAAAAUCUUUGACUUAUUCUCUUAAGCAUCUAGAGAAAUGGGUGGCGCCCAAAAAGGUUCAACUUCCAUUGGUUUUCUUUCCGGCAAUGGGUGAAGUGGUGCCUGAACCUCUUGGGCUUGUUCUCAUUUUCUCCUCCUGGAAUUACCCCAUCGGACUGUCACUGGAACCAUUGAUAGGAGCCAUAUCCGCUGGGUGUACAGCAGUUAUAAAGCCUUCGGAGCAUGCUCCUGCAACCUCUUCUUUUCUGGCAAAAGCCAUCUCAAGAUAUAUGGACACUAAAGCCAUUAAGGUCAUUGAAGGAGGAGUGUCCGUAUCAGAGCAUCUCUUACAAGAGAAAUGGGACAAGAUAUUCUUCACUGGGAGUGCACAAGUCGGACGCGUAAUAAUGUCUGCAGCUGCUAAGCAUCUGACACCCGUUACUCUAGAGUUGGGUGGGAAAUGCCCCACUGUCCUCGAUUCCCGAUUGAGCUCCUCGGACAGAGAGAUGGCUGUUAAAAGAAUAUCAUCAGGGAAGUGGGGAUGCUGCAAUAGCCAAGCAUGUUUGGCUGUGGAUUAUCUACUUGUGGAGGAGAAGUUGGCAUCGACUCUGAUUGAUUUAUUGAAGAAGUCAAUCAAGAGACUCUUUGGUGAAAAAAUAGUAGAAACAAGGGCCAGUGGGAAGAUUGUCAACAAACACCAUUUUAAGAGACUGUGUAGGCUUCUUGAAGACCCAGGAGUUUCAAAAUCAAUUGUCCAUGGUGGUUCAGUAGAUGAAGACAAACUGUUUAUUGAGCCAACGAUCUUGCUGGAUCCCCCACUAGCAUCUGAGCUCAUGACGGAAGAAAUCUUCGGCCCAUUACUUCCAAUAAUCACAUUGAAGAAUAUUGAGGAAAGCAUUGAAUUUAUACAUUCAAAGCCAAAACCUCUUGCAAUCUAUGUCUUCACCAAGGAUGAAAUGCUGAAGAGACGGGUUUUGUCAGAAACAUCGUCUGGAAGUGUCAUAUUUAACGAUGUCCUAAUUCAUUACGUGUCUGCUGAAUUACCAUUUGGUGGUGUUGGUAAGAGUGGUAUAGGAAGUUACCAUGGGAAGUUCUCUUUUGACACAUUCAGCCAUGAAAAGGCUGUUCUGCGCAGAUACUUCUUCCUGGAACCACAGGCUCGAUACCCUCCCUGGAAUGAUUACAAGCUUAAAUUUAUCAGGUUGCUUUAUCGUUUUGAUUAUUUUGGGCUGCUGCUUCUGUGGAUGGGGUUGAAGAGAUGAUUAUCAAAAUCCUUCCAGCCAGUUGUUAGAAUACUUAAGAGGCCCUUACUCCUGUAACUAAUAAAAACUGAUCACUCUUUGACCAAGAAAGGUGAACAGAUUAGAUGAUUCCAGCUACUAUUAAAAGGGUUAUGUAGGAUAGUUGUUGUUCAGAGGCCAAACAUUUACAUCGUU